CGGGAUUAGAGGCUGAUUGGCGAAGGGGAGGGCGGUCUCGGCCCUCGCAGCCGCGUCGCAUUCCUUCUCGGUUCUUCCUCCUAGUACCGCUGCUGGAAUGGCGCUGAGCCUGACCGUCAACCCCGGCGAUCUGCCUCUCGGAGCAUUGCUGACUGUAGAACAUGUAAAGGAUCAUGUUAAAAUUUCAGUUGAAGAAGGCAAAGAAACCGUUCUACGGAUAUCUGACCAAGUUACAUUCACUGAUGUGAAUUCUAUAGUUCGUUAUCUGGCUAGAAUUGCCACAUCUGCUGGAUUGUAUGGAUCCAAUUUGCUGGAACAUACUGAGAUUGACCAUUGGAUGGAGUUCAGCACCACAAAACUGUCCACUCCCACUGAGUUUGCUUUAGCCAUCCAAGAGCUCAAUAACUCCCUCUCUCUCAGAACCUAUUUAGUAGGCAACUGUUUGAGCCUUGCAGAUUUCAGUGUUUGGGCAGCAUUAAAAGGCAACAAUAUAUGGCAGGAGCAGUUACCUCAAAAUAACGGCCCUGUUCAUGUAAAACGCUGGUACAAGUUUCUUGAAGCACAAAAUAGUUUUCAAUCUGUAGAUUCCAAAUGGACUGCAGGAGACACUGUUCGAAAAAUAAAAGUGACAACAGAAAAGAAACAAGAUAUUGGAAAAUUUAUUGAUCUCCCAGGUUCAGAGAUGGGGAAAGUCAUUGUUAGAUUUCCUCCUGAAGCAAGUGGCUACUUGCAUAUUGGUCAUGCAAAAGCUGCUUUGUUGAAUCAGCAUUACCAGGUCACCUUCAAGGGUAAAUUGAUCAUGAGAUUUGAUGAUACAAAUCCAGAGAAAGAAAAAGAAGAUUUUGAAAAGGUGAUCUUGGAAGAUGUUGCAAUGCUUCACAUUAAGCCUGAUCAAUUUACAUAUACCUCUGAUCAUUUUGAAAAAAUAAUGAAAUAUGCUGAGAAACUCAUUCAUGAAGGAAAGGCUUAUGUAGAUGACACACCAGCAGAACAGAUGAAAACGGAGAGAGAACAGAGAAUAGAAUCUAAACACAGGAAUAAUUCUGUUGAGAAGAAUUUUCAAAUGUGGGAGGAAAUGAAAAAAGGAACAGAAUAUGGGCAGACCUGCUGUCUACGAGCAAAAAUUGAUAUGAACAGUAAUAAUGGAUGCAUGAGAGAUCCAACUCUUUAUCGUUGUAAAAAUCAGCCACACCCACGUACUGGAAAUACAUACAAUAUUUACCCUACGUACGACUUUGCCUGCCCCAUAGUGGACAGUGUAGAAGGUGUUACUCAUGCAUUAAGAACAACAGAAUACCAUGAUAGAGAUGAGCAAUUCUACUGGAUCAUUGAAGCCUUGGGAAUAAGGAAACCCUACAUCUGGGAGUACAGCCGUUUAAACCUCAACAAUACUGUGCUUUCUAAAAGAAAGCUCACUUGGUUUGUCAAUGAAGGUCUGGUAGAUGGCUGGGAUGAUCCAAGAUUUCCAACUGUUCGUGGUGUCCUUAGAAGAGGUAUGACAGUAGAAGGACUGAAACAGUUUAUAGCUGCACAGGGAUCUUCAAGAUCAGUUGUGAACAUGGAAUGGGAUAAAAUUUGGUCAUUUAAUAAAAAGGUUAUAGACCCAGUGGCACCUCGGUUCACUGCAUUGCUAAAGGAUGAAAUAGUCACCGUAAAUAUUCCUGAGGCUCAAGAAGAGAUGAAAGAAGUGGCUAAACAUCCAAAGAAUGCUGAAGUUGGCUUGAAGCCUAUAUGGUAUAGCCCCAAAGUACUGAUUGAUGGAGCAGAUGCAAAGACGUUGACAGAAGGAGAAAUGGUUACAUUUAUUAACUGGGGCAACAUAAUCAUCACCAAAAUACACAAGAACCUCACUGGGAAAAUCACAUCUAUGGAUGCUAAAUUAAAUUUGGAGAAUAAGGAUUACAAAAAAACUACUAAAAUCACCUGGCUAACAAAAACCUCUUCUGCUUCUCUCACUCCAACAAUUUGUGUGAACUACGAACACUUGAUCACCAAGCCUGUCUUAGGCAAGGAGGAAGACUUCAAACAGUACAUUAACAGAAAUAGCAAACAAGAAGAACUGAUGUUAGGUGAUCCUUGCCUAAAAGAUUUGAAAAAAGGAGACAUCAUUCAGCUUCAGAGAAGAGGCUUUUAUAUUUGUGAUCAACCAUAUGAGCCUAUUAGUCCAUAUAGCUGUAAAGAAGCCCCAUGCAUUUUGAUUUAUAUUCCUGAUGGGCAUACAAAAGAAAUGCCAACAUCCGGCUCAAAGGAGAAGACCAAGUCAGAAACAGCAAAGAAAGAGGUUGGUACUGCAGUGAAAGGUCAUUCUUCACUUGGGGCUGAUGUUUCUGCUACUUCGGUUUCGGCUUCAGCCCAGGAUCCCUUAGCUCUUUACAAGAGGGUGUCUGCUCAGGGUGAUAUAGUCCGCGAUUUGAAGCAGAAGAAAGCAGCAAAGGAGGACAUCGAUGCUGCUGUGAAACAACUCUUGGCUCUGAAAGCAGAAUACAAGGAGAAGAUUGGUCAAGACUACAAGCCAGGAAGUCCUCCAGUUGCAGCAGUUCCCAUCCAGUCAUCCAAAUGUGAGGUUGCUGCCAUUACCAAUGUAGACAGCAAAAUUCUUUAUGAUAAUGUAGCUGAGCAAGGAGAAGUGGUCCGAAAACUUAAAGCAGAAAAAGCUUCCAAGGAUCAUAUAGAUGCUGCAGUAAAAGUGCUUCUUUCUCUAAAGGCAGAAUAUAAACAAAAGACAGGUCAAGAUUAUAAGCCUGGAUAUCCACCAGCCACUCCUCUUCCUCCUUCCUCCUUGUCUUAUGCUUCUGAUUCUACUUCUUUAACUAUGAAUGGUUUGACAUCUUCUAGCCAAAUAGAUGAAAAAGCUCUAUAUAGUAAAGUAGCUGAACAAGGCGAGGUAGUGCGGAGACUCAAAGCAGAAAAGGUUUCCAAGGAUAAAGUGGAUGAAGCUGUCAAACUGCUCCUUUCCUUAAAAGCAGAAUAUAAAGAAAAGACUGGGCAGGACUAUAAACCAGGACAGUCGGCUUCAUCUCAGACAUCUGACUUAAAGCACCCAAAAAGCACAGAAACCAGUAGUCCUGGCUCUCCAGAAGCACAAGUUCUCUUUAACCAGGUUGCUCUCCAAGGUGAAGAGGUUCGAAAGUUAAAAUCGGAGAAGGCAGAAAAGGAUAAAAUUGACACUGCAGUACAAAAACUACUUCAGCUGAAAGCUCAGUACAAACUCUUAACAGGAGUGGACUACAAACCAAUUUCUACAACUGGUGCAGAAGAUAAAGACAAGAAGAAGAAGGAGAAGGAGAACAAAUCUGAAAAGCAAAAUAAGCAACAAAAACAGAAUGAGGGACCGAAGAAAGGAAUGCAGAAAGACCAAGGAAGUAAUUACAAUCUGUCUUCUGAUGGACCAGGGGAUGGUCAAGGGCCUAAGAAACAAACAAGAUUGGGUCUAGAAGCUAAGAAGGAAGAAAAUCUAGCUGAAUGGUAUUCUCAGGUAAUUACUAAAUCAGAGUUGAUUGAAUACUAUGACGUCAGUGGCUGCUACAUCCUCCGUCCAUGGGCUUUUUCAGUAUGGGAAUCUAUCAAGGACUUUUUUGAUAGUGAAAUAAAGAAACUUGGAGUGGAAAACUGCUACUUCCCCAUGUUUGUUUCUCAAGCUGCAUUGGAAAAAGAGAAGACACACAUUGCAGAUUUUGCUCCGGAGGUUGCCUGGGUUACCAAGUCUGGCAAAACAGAGCUGGCAGAACCAAUUGCUGUACGUCCUACUAGUGAAACAGUAAUGUAUCCUGCAUACGCAAAAUGGAUUCAGUCCCACAGAGAUCUUCCAAUCAAGCUUAAUCAGUGGUGCAAUGUUGUAGUAUUGCAGAUUCUUGAUCUAUACGCUCGCAUAUAUGAAGAACUUCUUGCAAUUCCUGUUGUGAAAGGAAGAAAGACAGAAAAAGAAAAGUUUGCAGGUGGCGACUACACCACAACAAUUGAGGCAUUUAUAUCUGCAAGUGGGCGAGCUAUCCAGGGAGCAACAUCUCAUCACUUGGGACAGAAUUUUUCAAAGAUGUUUGAGAUUGUCUUUGAAGAUCCCAGAAUACCGGGAGAAAAACAAUUUGCUUAUCAAAAUUCUUGGGGUAUUACAACCCGUACCAUUGGUGUUAUGACCAUGAUUCAUGGAGAUAACAUGGGUUUGGUGCUGCCACCUAGAGUAGCAUGUUUUCAGGUGGUGAUUAUUCCUUGUGGUAUCACUAAUUCCCUUUUGGAAGAAGAGAAAGAGGCUUUACUGACAAAAUGCAAUGAAUAUUGUAAGAGAUUGCGCAUUGCUAAUAUCCGUGUGCGAACUGACUUGAGAGACAACUAUUCACCUGGCUGGAAAUUCAACCACUGGGAGCUUAAGGGUGUUCCAAUCAGGCUUGAAGUGGGACCACGUGAUAUGAAGAAUCAUCAGUUUGUAGCUGUUAGAAGGGACACAGGAGAAAAAUUGACCUUUUCUGAAAAUGAAGCAGUGAACCAGCUCAGCCAUGUUCUGGAAGAAAUCCAUCUUAAUCUUUAUAACAGAGCUGCUGAAGAUCUUAAGAGUCAUAUGGUGGUGGCUAAUUCCAUGGAAGAGUUUCAGAAACAGCUUGAUUCUGGAAAGAUAGUGCAGAUUCCUUUCUGCGGAGAAAUAGAAUGUGAGGAUUGGAUCAAAAAAACAACUGCCAGAGAUCAAGAUCUUGAACCUGGCGCUCCAUCCAUGGGAGCAAAAAGUCUCUGCAUCCCCUUUAAACCACUUUGUGAGCUGCAGAAUGGAGCAAGAUGUGUCUGUGACAAGAACCCUGCAAAGUUUUACACUCUCUUUGGACGCAGUUAUUAAAUUACCGUUGGAAAUGAUAGUUUCCUUAUAUUUCAACUCAACUUUUUAAAUUAAAGACUGAGAUGUUUCCUGAUACUAUCCAGGUUUUUUGUUGUUAUUUUUUAAAAUAGCAACUAACAAAGCCAUAGAGAGUCAUAUCCUUCAGUGCAACUUGCAGUAUUGCAUAAACCUUUCUGUAAACAGUAUCUCUAUAAUAAAUAAGUAUUGUCAUCUA